CAACCGCCUUCCCCAUCUGUUAACUCCUUCUUCUGCUCCUUUCUGAGUCGCUCGCCCGGCCACCAAACUCACCCUGACCCGCGUCUAAUCAUACUUAUUUCUACCUCUUUAUUCCACCGGCCUUGUCACACCUUCAUCCCACCGUCGACACACAUGGCGCGCAUCAACAUCCCCCUCGACGUGAUCACCAACCGCCUCAACCUCGCAGGUCGUUUCGACUCCGUACGAAGCACGUCUCUCACCUCGCGUUUCGCCAACCUACGACCGAUAUCUGAGUUCUUCAACCUCAAGAACCUCUCCAAGCCCGCCGAUUUCUCGCAAGUCCAGAACCGCGUCAACUACAAUCUAUCAUACUUUUCAAGCAACUAUGCCGCGCUUUUCGUGAUGCUGAGCAUCUACAGCCUGCUCACCAAUCUGCUGCUGUUCUUCGUGCUUGUUCUCAUCAUUGGGGGCAUGUGGGGCAUUGGCAAGCUUGAGGGCAGGGAUCUCGAUGUGGGAUUCGCAAGGGCGUCGGCGAGCCAGAUGUACACGGCUCUGUUCGUCAUUGCCAUUCCCCUCUUCUUCUGGGCCUCACCCAUCUCGACCGUUCUUUGGCUCAUUGGCGCAUCCGGCGUCACCAUCUUGGGCCACGCGGCGUUUAUGGAAAAAGAUGUAGCAGCAAGUUUCUCCGAGGAGGCGGUUUAGGCGGUCGACCGCGCACUCUUCGCCCUAUGAAAUGGGAAGACCGCCCGGAGCUCUCAGCGGGGAUAGGCGAAGAUAUAUACAUUCGCAGGACUGGGAGCUUCGCGAUCCACGCUUGAUGGAAGUGGACAGCGACGAAGACGAUACACACGGCGUUGUUUUGGAUCCGAAUGCAUUUUCUGCGCGUGAUCGCCGGCCAGCGGAUUAUGCCGGCGAAAACUUGUACUUUGAUGGGUAUGAUCUUGGUCAGGAUAGAUGGCAUAGAGGUGGCGUGUACGAUGAUGGAACAUACGAGGAUUAUAUUUCCGAGGAGGAGGAGGAGGAUGAGGUAUAUUUACAGAACCGAAAAUCUGCAGCAUACCAGACUGCACGCUGGGACAAGGAUGAGUCGUUGCGGCAGACCGCUUUCGAUCGCAUCGC